AUGGCAGACGCGGCCCCGAUCUCUCCUGAGGGGGACGGGCUCUUUAUAUCCGAUCUCGAGAUCACAGAGGCACUCCAAGUCAGACGGCCGGUUCCGAGGUUACACACGGACAAGGCCACCAGCAUCCGUUUCUCAGUGAAGCAUAACGGUUGUUGUGCUUCUGUUCGUAUCGACAUCACCCCUUUCCAUCUCGAAGGCACGGUCAACUACGGAUUUCGACCCUUUUGUCACGUCACUCCGUGUCAGCCCACCUUCGAAGACGGUCAACUAUACGAUCAGAUCCAGAAGAUCUACGAUGUCAUUGUCCCUUUUCAGUGGACCUUUGACGCCAGCUGCACCGAUAUCGUCCGGGAACAACCAAAUGCCCUUUGCUGCCAGCUCAAUACAUCAUUCAACUUGACGCACGAUGUCCGUCCCAACAAGCGUCAGUCUUCGGCUCUACCGAGAAAACGAAGUCAUAAUAACACGUCCACCGCAUCGAGCGAUGUCAUCGGCUCCGGGCUUCCGAGCCGGCUCGGAACUGCUGAGCAGGGUUCGAAAAGGCGAAACACACAAGAACGCAAGUCCUGUAAGGAGAUGGUCGACAAAUUCGUCUAUAGAAUAGUAAAAGGACAAGAUCGUCUGAAGAAGAAGAAGCCCAUAGAAACGAGCCUGUCCGGGAUUCAGGCGAUUCUAUCACGAUUUGAGGAGGCAGACACAAGACAGGUACUUGAUGAACUUUCAAAGGAGUUCCACAAAGAGAGCGUGGCCAAGGAUACCACAAGCGAUUCUUGGGACUGCUGGUACUUCGAGGGCUGUAUGGACUUUGUCAAUUGUGGGAAGGGUAAGGCGGCCCCAAGCACGAACGCAGCAAAGGCGAUAUGCAUCAUUAACUCGAUCGUGAACCAACUGCUCGAAACCGAGGGAGCGGUUGCCACGGUCCUUUUUGGCAUCCUAGCCGAGAUUAGGGCCCGUCUUACCGAUAUUGCACGUGAGAGUUUUGCGAUCCGUGGGCAGUUUGUCGAUUCGGCUGUCCAAGCGUUACGAGGGAAGCUACAAAUGCCUCCGAGAUCAUACGAAAUGCCCAACGCGCCUGUCUGGGUCACUCUGGUGAAGAGUCGUUCCGGUGGGGACUCGGCGUACGGUUUUCAGGAUGCUUGCCGUGACCUGGCCUUUCCCAACUUUGCCGUUUUGGAUCUGAAGCCUCAGUGGACAGACAACUCAGGCAGUAAACAGCUCCUAAUGAAGGUCGACUUUGCUCUUGUGGAUGCGUGUUGGGUGAGGGCACACCCGACACACUCGGCACACUCGGCACGUCAGGCACAGGGCCCCGAUUCGAGAACAAUGCAGCCCGGCACGAACCCCACAGAACAUUCUGCGACGUUUGAUAGUGCUGACUCUAUGUUGGGCGUCGUUACAUGGGAUGCGGACUGGGCAAAUCUCGAUGUCAACAUGACAGCAAACAUGGGCGGCAUUGACUUUGGAUCAGCUGAAGCCUUCGGGCUGGGCUCCUUGGAUGGUACUAUCGGUGAAUAGAACAAAUUUCAACUAUCUUCGGUCUGCUGCGCAUGCAUCUUUUUGUCAAGUCGGACCAGUACGUAUGUGAGCUCUCCCCUAGACACACAGAUGCUGGUGUCUUCGUCAAAAAGAUAUAUCUCCGACUUCACUUCUGUGAUGGUUACCACCGAAGGCCGCUGGGUUUGUUGGUCGCGAUUUGCCGAAUGGAAUAUGAUUUGGGUUGGCUCUGCGCUGGCACCCUGACCGAUGGGGAGAAGCGCACUGAAAUAGCCCGCUAUAGAGCCAUAUCUAUGACGGAUGACAUUGGCGCGCCACCUUAUUUCGUCAGUCGGCCAUCUCUCCCGAAUCAAUGUCUUCUGUGUUUGGUCAGCAGUAUUGCCUCAUCUGAAGCGGCCGUACAUACGCUUUGGUUCACGACCUCUUGGCCGAUCUGUUGCACCGCUUUGUUGUAAAUAGUGUUCUCGAUCAACUUUGAUACAUCCAAAAUCUUCUUUUGACCAGACUGGUCAUUGUCAAAUUGGACGGCAACGAAGUCUUCCUGCUUGAUGAUCGAACGAAGCUCACAAGUGGCCGCUUCAAGCUUAGGGCUUCCUUCAACGCGUGUUGGCGGCAUGCUGCUGAGAAUUUAGAUUUGAUAGAAUGUAGUACUAAUCUAGAUGCCAUCUUCACCCUUCUGUUGGUUUUUGAGUCAUUUUCACUUCAAGAAGGCUUCGAGGUAUUGC